GCAGAGAGGGUUUCACACGAACUGGGAGCAUGCGAACCACCUAUAAGUACCGCCGGCGUGUGUCGGCGGUAGAGCAGACUCGACCUGCCCGACAGAGCCUGAACCCAAGCACGUUCUUAUACUCCAAUGACAGUUCGGUGAUAACAAGUGAUAUAGCUGAUCAGUGGGACUUGCUCACGUCUGCGUGACUAUCGUAGGAUAUCCUUCACACGGGUUACGAUUUGAUCUAAACAUAAAGGCGCAGUGAUAUUUGCAACUUUUUUUCCACCUUUUCCAACUUCUCCAAAAGGAUAUACCUUUUCUAUAAUUGAAUCCAAAAUGCCAGCCGACACCAUGGAGAAGCAAACGGCAUCCCCUAUUGCUGGUGCCCCUGCAAAUGGAUCCCAUACUCCAGACAAACCUAAGAAUGCCAGCGAGCAUAGAAAGUCCUCAAAGCCCAUCAUGGAGAAACGUCGGAGAGCGAGGAUAAACGAAAGCCUUGGCCAACUCAAGACACUUAUUCUCGAUGCACUUAAAAAAGAUAGUUCCAGACAUUCAAAAUUGGAAAAAGCCGAUAUUCUGGAGAUGACAGUGAAGCAUUUACGAAAUUUACAGCGUGUGCAGAUGACUGCGCUGUCAGCAGACACUACCGUCCUCAGUAAAUACCGGGCGGGAUUCAACGAAUGCAUGAACGAGGUCACUCGUUUCUUAUCAACCAGCGAAGGGGUGAACACGGAGGUGCGGUCGCGGCUUCUCAACCACCUGUCUGGCUGCCUAGGGCAGUUGAUCGCCAUGAACUACCCCCAGCCAAACCCAAAUCAACAGGCUCACCUCGCGCAGCCCCUUCACGUACAGCUACCCUCUACCUUGCCCAACAGUGCCUCUAUGGGCUCCAAACUCAGCCCCACCGAGGCAAUGUCACCUAAAGUCUUCGGAGGGUUCCAGCUUGUGCCCGCCACCGAUGGACAGUUUGCUUUCCUAAUUCCCAACCCAUCUUUCGCCUCAGCAUCAACCCCAGUCAUCCCUCUGUAUGCUAACGCAGGUGUGCCUGUGACAGUCAACGCCAGCCCCGUCCAUGGCAGCUCUGCGCCAGUAGUGGGAUCCCCUGUCCAUGGGAUGACAUCAUUCAUCGGUGUGCCUCAGGCGGUCAGCCCUGUCGGUGUCAGCACUGGUUCGGAGAGCACUGAGCCUGUUUGGCGACCCUGGUAGUUUGGUUGAAAUGGACACUACAAUAAAGAAGGUUAUUUUUAUGAAGUAAAUAGUUCCGUUCUAGGGGACAUCAUUUCCUUUGUUGGACAUGGUAAAAGUUUAUUUAUUGGCUGAUUCCAACAUUUGGAUGUUGGUGAUAAAUAUUGUGUCCAUGCAAUGGAUGAUUUAUUCAAAUGUUUGUGAUUAUGUACUUUUUAUGGAACGAUUUAGUUUUGUACAAAGUUGAUAUUGAUUGUUAUACCAAAGCUGUGUGUUUUUAUAUUGUUUGUCGUUUUAUGUUUGGAAAUUGAAGUUUGGCAAUGGCCCAUUGACCUAAUAAAUCAGUUUGAAUAAUUCAGAAA